AUGUUGAAGACUAUACUCUUCUUUUCAAUUUUCACUUCAUUUUCUGAAUCUGCUCCCGCUUGCAAUGGUCCAGCGAUUCGUCAAUAUCAUUCUGAAUGUGUUGGAGUAUGUUUUAUUUUUAUUUUCAAAUCUAAUAUAAGUCUUUUAGACACUUCUUGGUUCACUAUUUGAACAGAUAUCACUCGCCAUGAUUUUAUCUAGAAAUACUGUAACCAAGGAAGAUGUGGAAGAAGCUAAACAAAGUUGUGAAGAAGCAAAACUGAACUGCGUGAAAAAUAUGAAAAAAUGUAAACACGAUGAAGCGGAUGAUAAGAUUGAAAAAAUGAAGGCUAAUUGUGAUAAAAUUGUUGCCAUAUUGGAAAAAAUUGAAGGAAAACAGUAA